CGCAGUUUCCGCAAACAGAAUUGUGGCGUUUGGUUCUGCUGUGUUGGUUUAUGAAGUUUGACCAUCAAGCCAAGUAAUCAAAAAUGGAAAAUUCUAAAAAAGCAGAGGAAUAUGAAGAGAUCUCUUUUGAAGAGACAAAAACAUCAGUGAAUUCUGAAAUAGAGUCUUCAUUCAGUAUUAAUGAAAAUGUGACAGCUUCUGAGAUUGGGCCUUCUGAAAAGGUUCCUAUUUGUGAGCAAGUAGACACACCAAAAAAGAGAAAAAUGGAGUUUGAAGAUGAUCUUAUAAAAGAAAGUUCCAGUUGUGGGGAAAACACUUCAUUCAAAAAAAGAAAACUUGGUGCUAAAAUUUUCCCAGAGGAAAAAAAUUCUGAAGAUGGUGAUGUUUCAAAGAAAAGAAAAAUAGAAGCUGAUGAUGUUCCAGCAGAUGGGUGUUCUACUGGAGAUGGUGCUCAGCGAAAGAGAAAAGUAGAAUUUGAGGAUAUUUCUGAAAAACAAAAAAGGUUAGAAGAAGGACACAGCUCAGCAGUAGCUGCCCACUACAAUGAACUUCAGGAAGUUGGUUUGGAGAAGCGUAGCCAAAGCCGUAUUUUUUACCUAAGAAACUUUAAUAAUUGGAUGAAAAGUGUUCUCAUUGGGGAAUUUUUAGAAAAAGUACGACAGAAAAAAAAACAUGGUAUCACUGUUUUGGACCUGGGAUGUGGUAAAGGUGGAGAUUUGCUCAAGUGGAAAAAGGGAAGAAUUAACAAGCUAGUUUGUACUGAUAUUGCUGAUAUUUCUGUCAAACAGUGCCAGCAACGGUAUGAGGACAUGAAACAUCGCUGUCGUGAUAAUGAAUGUAUUUUCAAUGCAGAAUUUAUAACUGCUGAUUGUUCAAAGGAACUUUUGGUUGACAAAGUCCAUGAUCCAGAAAUGUGCUUUGACAUCUGCAGUUGUCAAUUUGUCUGUCAUUACUCAUUUGAGUCCUAUGAGCAGGCUGACUUAAUGCUUAGAAAUGCUUGUGAGAGACUUAGCCCUGGAGGCUAUUUUAUUGGUACCACUCCCAAUAGCUUUGAGUUGAUAAAACGUCUUGAAGCUUCAGAAACUGAAUCGUUUGGAAAUGAAAUAUAUAGUGUGAAAUUUCAGAAGAAAGGAGAUUAUCCUUUAUUUGGCUGCAAAUAUGAUUUCAACUUAGAAGGUGUUGUGGAUGUCCCUGAAUUCUUGGUCUAUUUUCCACUGCUAAAUGAAAUGGCAAAGAAGUACAAUAUGAAACUGAUUUAUAAAAAGACAUUUCCGGAGUUUUAUGAAGAAAAGAUUAAGAGCAAUGAAAAUAAAAUGCUGUUAAAACGAAUGCAGGCACUAGAGCCAUAUCCUGCAAAUGAGAAUUCCAGACUUGCCUCUGAGAAGGUGAAUGAUUAUGAUCAUGCAGCAAAGUUUGUGAAAAACAGUCAUGUAAGAUUACCUUUGGGAACCUUAAGUAAAUCAGAAUGGGAAGCUACAACUCGUGAAACUCCUGUUCAAACCCCCUCUAAGGACUCUUUAACUCCUCUCACUUCUCCCGAACCAACUUCCUCCUUUUCUGAUCCACCUGAAUCUCUUUUGCCCCCACCCCACCGACCACCCCCUUAUCCAGGACAGACACUCUCAUCCUCACCUCCUGUUAACCGCACUGCACCCUCUCUGCCACCCCCACCCAUGUCUCCACCGACAUCCCUGGACACCACCUCCCAAGAACCCUCCUUAUCUUCUCCAGUAAGCAGCUACACUCGUUCUCAACAACCCCUUCUUUGUCCCUUAUGCGAAGUGACUGGUUCGGAAGGCUUCGUUCACCUUCAUGUCCCAUUCUCUCUUACUGACUUAUCUCAAAUUGAAAAGCGUUUAGGUUCUUUUUCCAGUGACUCCACCACAUACACCAAAGAAUUUCAUUAUCUCACACAAGCUUAUGAUUUAACUUGGCAUGAUAUCUAUAUCAUUCUUUCUUCUACCUUAAACUCUGAUGAAAGUGAGCGGGUUCUUGGAGCCACUCGGGAAUAUGCCAAUGAAACGCAUUUAACUAACCCUACUAUGCCAGUAGGUCUAGAGGCUGUUCCUGGACAGGACCUUGGAUGGGAAUACCAACUAUAUACCCAAUCUGGGUGCUGUGACUGCACCCGCAGAGAUAAAAUGCUCCAGUGCCUCCUAGCGGGCCUACAGGCUAUUUCAAAUAAGGCUGUUAACUUUGAGAAGCUGCAAGAAAUUACUCAGCUUUCUAAUGAAAACCCAGCAACUUUUCUUAAUUGCCUCACUGAGUCCCUUUUACAAUAUACUCGCUUAGACCCAACCUCCCCGGUAGAAGCUACUGUUUUAGCUACCCACUUUAUCACCCAAUCUGCCCCAGAUAUUAGAAAGAAACUGAAAAGGGCAGAGGAGGGCCCCCAGACUCCCAUCUGA